CGGCGGUCUCCAAAAAUUCAAAUUAGGGUCUGUGUUGAAUACCAAUCUUUGCUCUCUCAGUGGAUUCCAAUGUCUGUUAUGUACAAUGAACUCUUCUCUUCUCUGAUUUCCGACAUCAAAUCCUACAAUGGCAAAGACCCUCUUCUCCCUUGGCUCCGAGGAAUUAAGAAGAUGAAAGAGUCACUUCCUCCGCAGCUGCUCAAGGAGAAACUCCCAAGAUUUCUUCAGAAAUGUGCACAAACUUUUGAGACCGAUCGCCGUUAUGCUAAUGAUAUGCGUUAUCUUCGAGUCUGGUUACAACUGAUGGACUAUGUGCACGACCCAAAAUCGGUACUUAAAGCUAUGGAGUCAAAUCGUAUCGGGAUGAAAAAGUCUCUGUUUUACCAAGCAUAUGCUCUUUAUUAUGAAAAGAUUAAAAAGUUUGAGGCUGCGGAGAAGAUGUACCAAUUGGGUGUGCAGAAGCUUGCAGAGCCACUUGAUGAGUUACAUACGUCAUAUGAGCAGUUCCUUCAUCGGAUGGAGCAGCGUAAGAAUAAGAGGAUACAGCGCCAAGAAGGAAAAAAUAAAAUAUGUUCUCUUGGUGCUAAAAACACUACUUUGAAGAACAAUGAGAUUAAGGAAAACAUUGAGAAUUUAAGUGGAAAUGAAAACAAUCCUGUCAUCACCGAGGAUCAGUUACCCAAUGCACGAUCCAAGCAUUUAAAUAUGAAAAAUGAAGUUGCCAUUUCACAGGGCUCCAGGAGAGAGUCACAAGUGAACGAAACUACUCAUGGUGGUCCAGCCCUUCAGAAGGAACUCAGUCGAAAAAAUUAUGUUGGAGACACUAUAGAAACAGAUAGAUGCCGAAAUUUUACUGGUGAAGACACAGUUGUUGUUAAAUUUGUAGGUAAUGCCAUUGUUGGGAAGUCUGAUGUCGAAGAUGCACGACAUCAUGGUCUGGUGGAACCUACCAUUAAUACAAAGGAGGCCAUGCAUGCAAUUAAUAGCAUGUUUCGAGAGCCAUUAGAGCCAUCUCUAGCUGGAAAACAUUCGCGUAGAAAUCAGCCAAAAGUUGAUCAGAUAUCAAACAAUGGUUUUGAGGUAUUUGUCGACGAAAACACUGAUAGUGCUGUUGGAUCUUCUCACCAAGCCAUGUCAAAUGGUGCAUCGGUGACACAAAGCACAAGAGUUGAGACUCAAGAGCCCAUGCAGGAUCCAUUUCACAUAUAUAUUGAUGAUGACGACACCAAUGAUGUGAUGGAGGGAGUACAUGAGCUGGAUAAAUUAGAUAUGGGUAACCUUAACAAUUUGACUGGAUGUUCUAUUGAAGGUGAAAUCGUUAAGGGUUUUGUGUUUCCUAGUCCAACUGAUAUUACCUCAGAAUACUCUAGAGAUCCAAAUGUUGAAAGGCCUCCUCAAGGAAGACUCCGUAGGGAGGACACAGUUGUAUACAAAUUUGUUGGCUCCACCAUUUCAGAAGAAUCAGCUGUUGAAAAUGUUUGCCAUCAUGGCCUUGUAGAACCAACAAUUAACUUGAAGGAGGCUAUGGAUGAUAUUAAUAGCAUGUUCGGAAGGCCAAUUGAGUUUACAAGGAAAAGCAAACCAAAGAAACAGGGAUUAGCACCUAAGAUGGAGGGAGAUGGUAGUAGGUUCUUGAUACUUCCAGAUGAUGAGCCACACCAUCAACCUAAGAGUUCCCUGCCAACUUCGUCGUCAAAAAGGGAUAAUGACUUGUUUGAGAAAACCGUAUGCACAAAGGAGGCUAUGGAUGAGAUAAAUAAAAUGUUUGCGAUGCCAUUGGAUUUCUGAGAUGCUGGAGGGCAGUGAGCUGGUCGGAAAGCGAAGGGACCUGCAGCAUAAAUUACAGCCUCGUAAUUACUUCGCUUCAAUGUCUUGUCUAAAAAUCG